UUAUUCGAUGUGCAGAAUUCAAAUUUUUGUUAAUUUUUUUUGAAAACUUUUUUUCCAGCUGAAACAUAAUUAAUUCAUGCCACUAUUAUUGAACUAACUCAAAAUGAAAAAAGAAUUAGGAUGAUUAAUAUCAACCCUUUUUUUCUAUCGAGGUGGAAACCUUAAAGAAAAAAUUUUUACUCUUAUGAUUAAUAGUUUCACUUAUUUAUGUUUAGAAAAUACUUCUUCUAGUAAUAAACUGGUGAGCCAAGGUAAAACAAGUCCAAAAACUGAGAUACAGUCAUGUUCAGAGAUCACAGUAAAAGAAUUCCUGGAGUUCUUGAAGACUGCAUAUCAAGUACAGGAAAGUUUGGAAGGAAUCCUCACGGCCAGUGGUAUGACACAAGCUAUAGAUUGGUUGAAAUUGAAGGAGAGUCAGUUCAUUAAGAGGAAUGAAACAGCAUGUCAAACGUCUAGUACACCAAGUCUUUAUAAAGAACCAUCUGCGUCAGACUGUUCAUCAAGGAAAGCAUCCUCAACAUCUGCAAAAUCAUUGGAUAUUGCCGAUUCCAAAUCAUCCAAGUCUCAUUCCGAUUUCUUGGCGAAAUCUUGUGAAUCAUUGACUGCGAAACUUAAUGAAGUACUUUCCGAAGGUCUUCUUGAUCCGAUUCUUCCCCUUCUGCCUGUAAUGGCGUCACCACCUCAUAUACCCACAAGGAAAUCUUCUAUAAGUAAAACUUCUGACAAGUCAUUGGCAUCGGUUGCUAAUUCUAAUACGUCUUGUGUGGAUAAAAAUUCAAAGAAAAAAGGCAGUGAGGAAGCUGUAAAGGUGGCUGUAGAGAAGAGUUCGUCAGAAGUCGAAAUUCAUGUUUGUGAUGAAGUGAAAAAUAUGAAAAAAGAUUUUUAUUGUAAUCAGAAGUUGUUGGUGGAGAAAAUGGGUUAUUUCGCAGAGGUCACAGCAGGUCAAAAACUCGAAGAUAUGGACAUUUCCGUCCAUUGCGAUGUGGGAAUAUUCGAAUGGCUCAUGAAAUGGGUGCAGAAAGAAUUCAUCCUGGAGGAAGAUUGGCCUCAACUGGACGCCCAAAACGUCAUACCCAUCGUAGUUUCCGCAGCUUUCCUACAGAUGGAACCGUUGCUGGAGGAAUGUCUCAGGUAUUGCCACGAGAACAUGAACGAGAUACUGAGGACGUCCACCAACCUGUCCUGCUUGAACGACCAGAUUCUAAACAGGUUGGCCGCUAUGUACACCAACACCGAGCUGGAUUCGAUUCGGGACAAGAAGGAUAAGUUGCAAUCGAAGCUUUUCACCAAGCUUAUAAUCUCCCUGGUCGAGCCUGAACCGGAAUGCGUUAGGGGGCAUUGGGACUCCUUGGCCAGGACUUUUAGGUGCGAGAAGUGUCAACAGUUAGUCGAUCCCUCUGUAUCCUUGAGAAUACCAUGUGUACCCCCUUGUAUGAGGUUGCAGUACGAUGGGUCCAUUUUGAGUUAUCACGUGAGGGACCCCCUUUGGAAUAUCAAUGAGUACAUCGAGAAGCUCCACAAGCAGCUCAAAUCCUGGCGCAGGGUUUACUGGAGGCUGUGGGGCAACGCCCAUUUCCUGUACUGCCUGACCUGCAAGCGUUUCUUCCCAGCGAAUCAGCUCGGUUGGUGCCUCUACCACCCGGACGCCCCGCAGUUCUUCACGCUGGACGCCCAGAAGGCCCCCCUGCCAGUCGGGAGGUACCCCUGUUGCGGGGACAGGGCCUACAGGUUUCAACUCCUGACCAAUUUUCGAGGCUGCAAGUUCAAGGAUCACUCGGUGUGCACGAAGAGCGUGAAGGAUUCGGCCGUUUUGAACCUGCUGCUGAGCUAUAGGCAUCUGGUGGCAGAGGAACCUCCGGAAUUGAUGUUCCCCGAGAGGCUCACCAGGCUGGUGGCCAGAGAUAUGUCUACGAGCGACAAACUGGUCUGCAAAGAGGUGUUUUGGUGGGACGGGCUCCAGAUUGUCCCACCCCGUCCUAAGUUGGGGCUCUUGAGCAUGUUCUCGGACAGGGGCAAAGGUGCCGAAGUGGAGAGCAGGGCUCAUUCCUCCGAUGAGGACAGCCAGGAUGAAAGCAGCAAUUCCAACGGAUCUUCAUCGAGUGGAUCGAGCGAAGAGAGCAGGCCAAGAACUCCUAAACCGGUCAAAAAGAAGAGGAAAAAGAGGACGCCCUGCAGGCUUUGGCAGGUGCAUCUCUCGGCCAGGAGCAACCAGGACACCCAGAGGUCCUACGAGGAGAAGACGUUGAAGCAGAUGGCUGCCCUGUUGAAUAAGAAGUGCCCCACGAACACUGAAAGUGGCAGCAAGCACAAAUACGGAAAAUUGAUUCACAGAAACACGAAUCCUUUAGGUGGUAUCUGGGUAAGGCUGGAAUCAGAGUGGAAGGAGCAGAACGUUAACAAUCAGCAAAAAACUCGUCCGUUUUUCAUGACAAAAGGGAAGCAGUUACGAAAUUGCAAAUUUCCCCAGUGAAGUCUUUAAAAAAAUUAAUAGAGUAAACGUCCUCUAGUAAUCAUGUUACGUAAUAUUAGAUUAUACACAGCCGUACCAA